AUGCCCUCGCCCCGGUCCGCCGUCUUGGCCGCCGCCGUCUUUGGCGCCGUGGCCAGCGCCGACUACGCCAUUGACCCCUCCAGCGUGUCUCUCGGCACCAGACAGAGCUGGUGCGCCCAGGAGCAAAGCACAUGCCCCCUCAUCUGCCAGCAGGUGGAACCUCGAACCACGCUGGUCAACACUUGCGAUCCUGUGACGCUCACGUUCGGCUGCCUGUGCGGCAACAACCAGCAGCCCAACGUCUCCGAAUACUCCCUCAGCCUGCCGUACUUUAUCUGCCAGCAAUGGGUCCAGCAAUGCCAGAACGCGUGCGACACGAACGCCUGCAAGUCCGACUGCACGCAGAACCACCCGUGCGGCGCGCAGAACCCCCAGAAGGCCAACGCCACCACCAAGGCGCCUGCCGCGGCCGCGAGCUCGGCCGCCACCAGCGGCGCCGCCAUCUACACGGACGCGCCUGGAGGCGGGAACGACGGCAAGAAGGGCGCGGCGGCUGCGCUGGAGGCGGGACGCACGUACGGACUGGCCGCUGUCUUGACCGGCCUCUUUGCCGGGUUCGCUCUGCUGUAG